AAAAGAUGUUUUAUUUUGUAGGUGCAUGUAUAUUUCUGGAGUGCCUGGAACAGGUAAAACUGCAACUGUUCAUGAAGUGAUUCGCUGUCUUCAGCGAGCUACAGAAGAUGAUGACCUACCAUCAUUCCAGUUCAUAGAGAUCAAUGGCAUGAAGCUUACUGAUCCUCACCAAGCUUAUGUGCAGAUUCUAGAGUUACUAACAGGUCAGAAGGUGACAGCAACUCAUGCUGCAGUGCUGUUGGCAAAACUGUUCUGCACACCUGGACCAAAGAGGAAGACCACGGUGCUGGUAGUGGAUGAGCUUGAUCUUCUGUGGACCCGAAAGCAGAAUGUGAUGUACAACUUAUUUGACUGGCCGACUCAAAAGCACUCCAAGUUAAUCAUCCUGGCCAUUGCUAACACCAUGGACUUGCCAGAGAGAAUAAUGAUGAACAGAGUGUCUAGCAGGCUGGGUCUCACCAGAAUGUCCUUUCAGCCUUAUACCUACAAACAGCUACAGCAAAUUAUUUCAUCUAGACUGAACAGUGUGAAGGCAUUUGAGGAGGAUGCAAUUCAGCUAGUUUCCAGAAAGGUAGCAGCGCUGUCUGGGGAUGCAAGGCGUUGCCUUGAUAUCUGCAGAAGGGCUGCUGAGAUCUGUGAGUUUUCUGGCCAAAAGAGUUCUCAUGAGAUAGUCAGGAUGACCCACAUAACACAAGCCAUAGAUGAAAUGUUCUCAUCACCAUAUAUAAAGGCAAUCAGGAAUGCCUCAUUGCACGAACAAAUCUUUUUUAAAGCAAUUUUAGCAGAGUUUCGCAGGGCGGGAGUUGAGGAGGCAACAAUUCAACAGGUCUAUCAUCAACACAUAUCACUGUGCAGAAUGGAGGGCAUGCAGAGCCCAACAGUGUCAGACAUCUUGGCCAUUUGUGCCAGGCUUGGUGCCUGCAGGCUGCUGCUGCUGGAGUCCAGCAGUAAAUACCUUCACAUGCGUGUGCGCCUCAACAUCAGCCAGGAUGAUGUCAUGUAUGCACUCAAGGAUGACUAAGGCAAUAGAGAUUUUAUUUUUAUAUAUGUACAAAUAUUUUAAAGAUGGUCUAUUUUAUUUUUUUAAGUACUGAUAAAAUAGUAGGUUGUAUUUUUAAAUAUUUUUGUGUGGUGUAUCAAAGCACUUUGUACAAUAAAGAACUCCCUUUGGAGCAUUUUAAAUACUUGAAACGAAACAAUCUGCUUCAAAAGCACUGUUGGUAAGCAGUCCCCUUCCAGCUGAGGUGUGUGAGCUGGAAUUGAUUACUGGCAUCAGUGCUUCUCAGCUUAUCCCUGUGGAGCUGCUUUUGUUGUGACCAGCCCUGUCGUUGUGGCAUUAGUUUUCCUUUUUUUUUUUUUUUUUGUUGAGUACAAAAGAUGUGUUUGAGGUAUCCUUAAACCUUUGUUGUUUGUGUCUCGAAAGUGAACUUUACAUCUGUUGAAGGAUUCUUUGCAACCAUGGAGCUAUGUGUGUGACUGACGGCUUUUGUUACUUUUAAUCAACUUUGUGUAUGCUUGGUGUUGAGAAUUGCUUUAAAGAAAUAACCUCCGCCUGAAACCUGCCUUCAACCUGACUGCUCCCAGACCUGUAUCCAAGGGUUGGAGAUGGGGCGGUUUGAGAACUGCGUUCGUGUUGUGUGAAUAAAACGUGCCCGUGGCUUAAGCUGCAA